AUGGAUCCUCAUUCAGAAUCUGAAUAUCAUAAGUUUCAUCAUAUCAAAUAGGUAGAUCAGCAUGAGAAAAAGCCUUAGCCUUUAACAAGUAAAGAGAAGAAAGGGAUAUUGCUUUUGUUGAUUCUUUACACAAUUUAAGGGUUCCCUAUUGGGUUUUUUGGUGGAGCAGUAUAAUUACUAUUAACAGAGGCAGGCAUUUCUAUGACUAAAUUAGCAGAAUUAUCAGUUGUUCUUUAUCCUUUUACUUUUAAAUUUCUAUUUGCUCCUUUUUAGGAUGCUCACUAUUUCAAGUCUUUUGGCAAACGCAAAUCUUACAUCAUUCCUAUUUAGUAUUUGAUGGCUAUUUUAUUUUUUGUAGUUAGCUUGAGCAUCGAUGAUUUACUCAAAAAUUAAGAAAUUAGUUCAUUGAUUAUUUUUGGAUUUAUUGCAAUUUUUCUCUCGUCUCAAUAAGAUAUUGCUGUGGAUGGUUGGGUCUUAACUAUUUUCGAAAAUGAAGAGCAUGUUAACAUUGGAUCAACUUGCAAUACAAUUGGACAACUCCUUGGUGUUUUAAUCACCAACUCAUUCUUUAUUUAAAUCAACAGUGUAGAAUUCUGUAAUAAAUUUUUGUAUUCUACUCCAAGCGAUAAGCCUUUAGUCACAACUAAACAAUUCCUUCAAAUUAUUUCUGCAAUAAUAGCUGUAGUUACUGUUUUCGUUCAUUUCUUUGUUCAAGAAAGAGAAAAAUCUGAUAAAUAAGAAAUUGAAAAAGUCAAUGAUUAAAAUAAAAACUCUAAAUUAGCAAAUGAAGAAACAAGCGAACAAUAAUAAGAAUAAAUUGAUAGCGUUAUUGAUGUGAUCAAAAAAUUGAGAGGAUUCUUUACUAAUAAAAACCUUAGAUUCUUAAUAAUCUUUAUGUUGAGUUAAAACAUUGGUAAUUCGCCUGUUUUUGCUUCUUUUACUGUUUUGCUUGUCAGACAAGGUUUAUCUAAAGAAAUUAUUUCUACUAUUAGUACAAUAAUAAUUCCUUUCAAUUUUAUAGCAGCAAUUCUUUCAAGUAAAUUAAUUCGUCCAAGCAAAGAAAUGAAUGCAUGGAGAAAUGCGUUUGUCAUCUAAAUAGUUGUUGCUUUAAUAGGCUAUGCAAUUAUAAUAUUAAAUCCUGUAAUCGAUGAAUCUCAAAACAAGCAAAUGUUUAUUUUAGUUUUGAUCUUCUAAAUCUUAGUCAUAUUCGUAAGUACAUUUAAAUUUAUAGCUCAAGGAGGAUUCUUUAACAGAAUUUCUGACGAAGACGUUGGCGGAAGCAGCUUAACAACAUUAAACAGUUUCAGUAACCUCGGAGGUUAAUUCAGUGAACAAAUUGCCCUUGUUGCUCUAAGCUACCUAUCAUUUACCUAAGUUGUUUUCAUAGGACUAACAUAUUCCUUACUCUACUUAUUCUUUAUGCAUAAGAAAAUCCUCUCUUAGCAGUUAAUCCCAAAAAAUUAGUGGAGACUAGAAAAGUUGCAGCCUAAAAAACAACAAUGA